CAUAUGUAUGAGGUUGCCCGGCCAGCAGCGGGAGGCGGGGCUUCUGGGGGUGGGAAGGGGGCGGGCCCCCCCACCCCCCUAUAGCUGCUGACUAUAAAGUCUGCUCUCCGCGACUGCCGGCCCCGCACUGCUGAGGAGCGGAGCGUUGGGCUGGGGGCUUCAUAUCCCUGGCUGACCCCAACUGCGCGUCCCCAACCCACUUCUGUGGCUGAAGCUACCACUGGUGUGGCGGUCUCUGCUUGGCGGAUGAGUCUUCAGCGAUCACUCACCCCCUCUCCACAGCCUCUUUGAAUCCGGAUUUCGGGGCGGCCCCCUCCCCCACCUCUCUCUUUCUGCCUCUUUGCGCCCCGAUUUGUUCUGUGUUUCUCUCGGGUUUCGCUGCCGUUUAUUUUUGCAUCCUUUUUCGUUUUGCUUUUAGGAGGUCAGGUGAAGCUGCACUUGUACCCCUUCCCCUUUUUAUCCUCCCGUGCUCUGACAACCCCCCUUUUCAUCGCAGCCGGGGGCUCAGGAUCUGUGCAUCCCACGCUGCGCUGCCAGCAACCUGCAGCGCGUGGCCGUGCACCCCGGAAUUUGCAGCAGUUGCAUAUCUGAAGGGGCUCUCCUUCGCCUCGGCUGCCUUUGCUCUCCAAGCAUUCGGGUGCGUGGGAGGGGGGCUACAGCGUACCGCACCCCAGCUUCUCGGUAGUCCCCCGCCCUGCGCGGAACUCGUUCCCUGUCGCCAAGAUGGUCAUCCAGAAAGAGAAGAAGAGCUGCGGGCAGGUGGUUGAGGAGUGGAAGGAGUUCGUGUGGAACCCGAGGACGCACCAGUUCAUGGGCCGCACCGGGACCAGCUGGGCCUUUAUCCUCCUCUUCUACCUCGUCUUCUAUGGUUUCCUCACGGCCAUGUUCACUCUCACCAUGUGGGUGAUGCUGCAGACUGUCUCUGACCAUACCCCCAAGUACCAGGACCGACUGGCCACACCAGGCUUGAUGAUUCGUCCCAAGACUGAGAACCUUGAUGUCAUUGUCAAUGUCAGUGACACUGAAAGCUGGGACCAGCAUGUUCAGAAGCUCAACAAGUUCUUGGAGCCUUACAAUGACUCCAUCCAAGCCCAAAAGAAUGAUGUCUGCCGCCCUGGGCGCUAUUAUGAACAGCCAGAUAACGGAGUCCUCAACUACCCGAAACGUGCCUGCCAGUUCAACCGGACCCAGCUGGGUGACUGCUCCGGCAUUGGGGACCCCACCCACUAUGGUUAUAGCACUGGGCAGCCCUGUGUCUUCAUCAAGAUGAAUCGGGUCAUCAACUUCUAUGCAGGAGCAAACCAGAGUAUGAAUGUUACCUGUGUGGGGAAGCGAGAUGAAGAUGCUGAGAAUCUGGGCAGCUUUGUCAUGUUCCCUGCCAAUGGCAACAUUGACCUCAUGUACUUCCCCUACUAUGGCAAAAAGUUCCAUGUGAACUACACACAGCCCCUGGUGGCUGUGAAGUUCCUGAAUGUGACCCCCAAUGUGGAGGUGAACGUGGAAUGCCGAAUCAAUGCAGCCAACAUCGCCACAGAUGAUGAGCGAGACAAGUUUGCUGGCCGAGUGGCCUUCAAACUCCGCAUCAACAAAACCUGAGACCCCUUCCUUCGACCCCCCCUCCCCCACCUCUUUCCUAUGGAUGCUUCUGGAAUGUCCCUUUUCCUUUACUUCUGAACCCAGCCUGAUUAAUGCACAUUGUGACUCCCCCCUUUCACACAUCUUCCACCAUCUCUCGCAACCCUAGUUCGGUCAGAGACAGGGAGAUGGGAUCCCAAGGAGGUCACAGAGGAGCUGCCUGGUUUAGCUGUGAGUGGGGUGUCCCCACAGCUACCCUCCUAUCCCCUGAGAGAUACAGAAAAUGCCUGCCCACCUGCACACCCACGCAGCCACACACACACACACACACUUAUUUUACCCCAUAGCUUCCAGGCAGGAAGGUGGUACCCGGUUCUUCCACUCCUAAAUGCAGCUGCUGCUACCUUUCUUUGCCUCCUGUGCUUUUUCCCUCCCCUCAUACACUGUUGCUGUCUUGGCAGCUCCUCCGGUGGAUCUGUCUCCACCUCUUCUCCAUCCCCACUCUCUUUCCAGGAUGGGUACCUUAGGAUGAGUUCUUUUCCCCCUAUUUCCUGGCACAUUCCUCUUCUCAUCCUCAGGUGCCUAUGUGAGCUGGGAGUGAGGGUCUGGAAGAGAAGUUUGUGCUGGUUUUUCUUGAAAAUUCUCUUCCUGGUCUCUGUCACCCAAAUAGGCAGUCCUAAGAGGGGCAAUGUUGACCUAGGCUGAAUAUCCACUUUGUGUUUGCCGAUGGCUCCCUUACUCCUGUCCAGUUUCCCAGAAUAUCCUUCAAAUUCCACUUCCCAGGAGCCUUGGGGGAGGGGCAGCCAUUUUGGAUCUGUCCCCAGUGGCCACCUUGGCAACGUCAGCAGGCUAUGGGGCCGUUCCACCUCCUUCCCCUGGCUCAGAUCUGUCCCCACCAUCCUCUCUGGCUUCUCUUAGCAAUUUAUCAACUAAUCACUGACUUCUUCCUUUCUUCCACGUACCAGCCUGAAACUUGCAAAUACCCCCUCAUUUUAGGCCCUGAAUUUCCUGGCUUUGUCCACAGAUCCCUCUGCAUUUUUAAACCACCUCCUAGUGAUCAUAGAAUUGUAAAAGAGGGACCUCCUGUAAUCUUGAGUUACAGAGGUGUUUGAAUUUUCUCCUCCAGUGCCCUUCACUUCCUCACCUCUCUAAUCUCACUUUUCUUCUUUGUGCUGCAGCCUCUACAACUACCCACUGAUGGACCUUUCCCUUUUUUCUCUUGUCGGAUCUGAGUUUCUUCCCUUUGGGUCCCCAUGUUUUCCUGCACUCCCCGUGCCCCAGUGGUCUCUCUGCAGUUAUUUAAUGCCUGUGUCAGAUCUAUUGUAAAAAGAGGAUUAAGUACAAUAAAAUGAGAGCAAUUAUAUAUAUAAAUAUAUAUCAUACACAGA